UAAUCAUUCAGGGGAGGGUGGGGAAGCAAGGCAAUCUGGCAGUCCAGCCCCACACAGCUAGGUGGAGUCAGACCAUGCCCUUUUAACUAUGGCCGAGUCCUUGAGGAACGAAGAGCUGGAAAGCGCCGAGCUGCUGAAGGAGGAAGAGGAGGAGGAGGAGGACGAGGAAGCUCACAAUGAGAGCCCCAAGUACGCGGAGCAGGGCAAGAUCAACGGAGUCCUGGUGCUCACCCUCCUGGACAAGGUGGUGGGGAUGGUGGACCAGAUCCAGAGCAGCCAGCAGCAGCUGGAGCGCAGGCACCUGGAGAUGGAGACGGCCGUCUUUCACAUCCAGAACGAGCUGACCAAACUCAACAAGUCCCACUCCACCACCAGCAACGAGGUCAGCAAGAUGCUGGAGAAGCUGCGCAAGGUCAGUGUCAACGUCAAGACCAUCAAACACAACAUGGAGAAGCAGGGGACCCAGAUCAGGAAGCUGGAGGCCAACGAAGCCACCUUAUUGAAGCGCAACAACUUCAAAGUGAUGAUCUACCAGGAUGAAACACCAUUGGCUACCAAAUUAAGUCUUGGGAAAUCCAUCAAGGAAAGCCUGAAAGUGCCAGAGGAAGAUGGGGGGGAGACAGGGGUAGUCAUCCACGAGAACCAAGCUGAGCACGAGAACAUCUCCCUCUCGUCUGACGAAGACGUAGAGCUGGAGAUCAUCGAAGAGGAGACUACGGCAGUGCGCCUGAGGAAAACCAGCACAAAGCGAAUGGAUGACUUCAAGAAAGCGUUCACCAAGGAAUCCAUGGAAAAGACCAGGCUAAAGACCAAGAAAAACCUGGAGAGGACCAGGGAGAACCUGGAGAAGACGAAACACACCAUUGAGAAAAAGAUGAACAAGCUGGGCAACAAGAUCGUGACGCAGGAGAGGAAAGAGAAGAUGAAAGAUUCGAGAUCCAAGCUGAAGAAAUCCUUCACCCCGGACCAUGCCAGAUCGGCGAGGUGUAAGAAGUCGGUGUACAAAGUGGCGCCGUUCACGUUUAUCGUCAACAAGGUCAGAGAGGGUGACGUGGUGAUGGAAGAGGUGGAAUGGUGGAAGGUAUCAGAGACGAAGAGUUGGCGGAACACGAGCAAGACUCCACCGAGCUCCUCAUCGAAGAGUUGCCCGAUCUCCCCGAGCUGGAUCAAGAAGCCCAAGAGUCUGAGCUUCUCUUGCUUGAGAAAAGGGGACGCGAUUAAUGACUUUUGCGGUAUUUUAGUGGAAGUAAUAUCUGGUAAACUCUUGCUAGUUGGCCACAGCAACUAAACAGAAUUGGAGGAAGGAAACCAAACGUGGAAUAGUUUAUUCAUGCACAGAUUGGAACAUAAUUACCAAACACUGGUCCAAAACAUUGUAAUCCCUCUUGAGUUAGUUAUUCUAAGGAUCCGGUUGUGACUAAAGUUUGCUUUGAUGGGAAAAAGUCAGCUUCGUGUUCGCACAAAGAGACAGAGAAAGUUUCUAAGUCAUUUUAAUUUGAGUUUCAUUCUGACCAGGGACCUUAAUUACUGAGAGAAUAGAGUGGAGCAGAGUGUGGGAACUAUCUCUUAAGACUUAGUUCUGAAACCAUCUAAGAUAGAUCAUAGGAAGGUACCUGCACCAUGAGUUUUGUAGGACAUAAAUCCAAUAGGAUUUGUGCCAAUACACACACACCCCAGUUGCUCCCUCUGUUACGCAUUGUUUGUUCACAAUGUUUAUUCAACAUUGCAAUCUCUCUAUAACGUUGUUAUUUCAAUGGAUUGAAUGAUGUAUCGCCAGUGAAAGAUUUUGCUUGGAGAAGGUCAGCCGCACUACGACCAUAAAGUAGAAAGGCAAUGUGUAAAAUAGUCCGGCUCAAUAACCUUCCGAAUUUUAAUUUUAAUGCCACUCAAUGGUAGCAAUUGAAAGUAGGAGCAGGAGUUUGUGUGAUUAUAAAACAGGGCAAGGAGAAGGCAAUGGGAGCCUAAUUUUGCGGUAUUUCUUAAGGGGGAUUCCGAGUAAGGAACCUGAAGUUGUGCAAAUGGGAAAAUCCUUGCGGCGACCGGAAUUUUACCCCGUCUCACCACGGGAAUUCCUGAUUAAGAAACACCGCAAAUUGGAGUCCGCUCGAUGACGAUUAGGCGUGGGUAAGUGCUGUACAGGAUGCGAUAGGAAAAGUGGGGGGAACGGGGAAUGAUUCACUGCUGGGAAGGUUUACAGUUUGGCAUCGGAUCACGGAAAGGAAGAGUUAGUUGCUCUAGCCAACGUGGCAGGAGGAAAAAAAAAGACCAUGUAUGGUGCCCUCAUGUUAGUCCACAUCAAUUGAAAUCUUUCCCUCGGGCAUCAGGUUGCUGAUGUCUCACUUAACUGGGCAUAUUUUAACCUCACAGUUUUGUGUAUUUUUGCUUUUUAUAUAUAGUCCAAUCCGAUAACCAGGCCGAGGUCUAACGGACGCAUUGCAUGAUAUGGUUAUUAAAAGUGCCUUAUUUCUGUACAAUAUGGCGUCGCAAGCGCUUACGUAUGCUCCAACGCAGUUUGCCGCGAUAGCUAGUCAUUCGACACACCGGGGAUAGAUAAUCGCUCUUAGAACUGCAAAGUUGAUCGUUUAGCAUUUUCUCUUCAAUGUCUAAUUUUUUUUUUGAGAGGGGGCGAGAAUCUAUUCUAACAGGUUUUCUCUUUGCAUUGUAUGUAAUAUUCAAGGGAGGGAGGGAGGGAGGGAGGGUUGCAAAAUAAUAGGAGAUGUAUAGCCUGCUUGCUUAGGACUUGGAAACAUAGCAGCGUCAGCAUUUUUCUGUCGCAAGGUCACGCUAACACGCGGAAAUGACUCUUUCCAACACUUCAACGUGGGUUAUAAUGUUAUGAAUAGUAAUAAUUAUUCAUAAUGUUAUGAAUAGUAAUAAUCCCUUUUUUAAAAAAGUAUUUAGUCACUCAAUCUACGACUGUUUGUGGGGACGCUGCUGUGCGCAAUUGGCUGCCGCGUUUCGGCCGCAAAAACAUACAGUCAACUCACUUUACUCACUGUGAAGCGCUCUGAGACGCCUCGAAGACGUGAUAAGGCGCUGUAUCAAAUGCGAGGAUUCUUAUUCUUAUAAAUGAGCCUUUGGCGGUGAGAGGUGACUGUGAUCCAAGAUGGUGAUCCGUCUUUCAAAUGCAAAACAGAAUUUUCUUUGGGGACAAAAAAAAAAACCCUAGACUCCUCAAAUUAUCCAUUUUUGUUUUGUAUGUAAACAACAAGAACAACAACGACUUGCAUUUAUAUAGCGCCCCUCAGCCAAGGUAGCGUGACAGAGCGCUAAACAUCAACAAGGGAAUUAUUAAAGUGUAAAGUAAGACUGCAACCUGAAGAUCAGCAUCCAAAUUUCAACACAGUGCCUUUUUAAGAAACAUUUAGACGCGUAGAAUUGGUAUUUAGUUUGGGUUUGUGUGAGUGUGUGUGCGUGCGUGUGUUUGGGAGAAAGUUUUAUAUAUACAGUAUAUAUAUAUCAAUCCAAGUACAGUAUAUUUUUUUCAAUACACUUAACAUUUAUGAAUAUACCAUAUGCAGCAGACUUUUGAAGCCGUGUCUUCUCUAUAUUUGCAAAUGUAGACAAAUGCUUAACAAUCCGUAAUAAACACAGUCUUGUAUGUGACUUAAAUCAC